CCUUCAUCAGAUUCGGAUAGCUAACGCUAACAAAUUACAGUCACUAGUUUCGUCUUUUUUCCAGGGACAGGACUGUGCCGCCAGUCCACAGCACACAAAUCAUGAAACACGUGGAGCGGAUUUUCGAUGAACUUGGACAUUUUAAAAGAUUUCAGGCGUGUUUGUAUUUCGCUGCCGUGUUCCAGACCAUAGCCUGCGGGGUCCACUACCUGGCCUCCGUGUUCCUGGUGGAGACGCCCAAGUUCCUCUGCGCAUCUCCCGGCAACAUCACCGGCGCGCUCUAUGGCAACCACAGCGGCACGGUCCUCGAGGACAUCUGGCCUCACUACACUCCGGGCAACGGCCCGGUCGUGGUGCAGAACUCAAUCGGAGAGCAGUGGGAGCUGAGCCAGUGCCGAAGAGCCCUGCGGAUAAACAGCAUAGGGUUUGACUACCAAUUCGACGGGAACAAGACGGUGUACUCGUGCGCGGGGAACUUUUUCUUCGACAGAAGCGGGGUCCAGGAGAGCAUCGUGACGGACUGGGGCUUGGUGUGCGAGAGGGAAUGGCUGGCCAAGCUCUGUCAGCCUGUCUUCAUGAUGGGAGUACUCGUCGGAGCCGUCAUCUUUGGAGAUGUCGCAGACAGAGUUGGGAGACGACCAAUUUUGAUGCUAACCAGCCUGUGCCAGUUUGUGUUCGGAGUCAGCGUUGGCCUCACAGGAAACUAUUAUGCUUUCAUGAUCCUGCGGUUUCUUCUGGCCAUGGUGAGCAGCGGGUACCUGGUGGUGGUGUUCGUCUACGUGACCGAGUUCACCGGGAUCAAGGUGCGCGUCUGGACCUCCAUGCACGUGCACGCCUGCUUCGCCGUGGGCGUGAUGGUGGUGGCCCUGGUGGGCUACCUGGUGCGCGUCUGGUGGGUCUACCAGAUCGUCCUCAGCCUCAGCACCGCCCCCUUCCUGCUCUUCUGCUGGAAGUUCCCCGAGACGCCCUUCUACCUCCUCACCAAGGGCCGGUACCGGGAGGCCCAGGACCUGCUGGACGCCAUCGCCCGUUUCAACGGCCUGCCCGCCACCCUGACGGUGGCCGACCUCGUGGACGCCAAGCAGGACGGCCUGCUGGUCAAGGACCCCGAGCUGUCCGAGGAGAAGCCCGAGAAGAAGUUCAGCAUCCUGGACCUUUUCUGCAGCUGGAGCAUGGCCUGCCGGACGCUGAUAGUGUGGUCCGUCUGGUUCAUCGGGAGCCUGGGGUACUACGUCUUCUCGCUGGGGUCCGUCAACCUGGGAGGAAACCAGUACAUCAACUUAUUUCUGGCAGGCGCCGUGGAGCUCCCCUCCUAUGUGAUCGCCUGCUUGGCCAUGGAGAGGGUGGGCCGGAAGAAGACGUGCGCCCCGUCGCUGCUGCUCGGCGGGGUCGUCUGCAUGCUCAUCAUCUUCGUCCCGAAGGACAUGGAAGUGCUGGUCAUAAUUCUCAGCAUGACUGGGAAGUUUGCCGUCGCCAUAGCGUUUGGUCUGAUCUACCUGUACACGUGCGAGCUGUACCCAACGAUAAUAAGGUCCCUGGCUGUGGGCAGCGGGAGCAUGAUGUGUCGCGUCGGCAGCGUGGUGGCGCCGUUCUGCGUCUACCUGGUGGACAUCUGGAUCUACCUGCCGCAGCUGAUCGUGGGCGUGCUGGCGUUGGCCGUGGGCGUCCUCACCCUGUGGCUCCCCGAGACGCUGGGCCAGCCGCUGACGAACACGCUGGAGGAGGCGGCUGCGCUGGGCUCCGCCCUCAAGCAGGCGGACGGCCGCCCCGAGGAGAAGGUGGAGCUGCAGCCGGGCGGUCGGCCCGAGGCCAACGGAAACCCGGCGAAGGUCUGAGAACUGGCGGGGGGGGCGGGGGGGGACGACGACGACACACACGACGACGUUCUGCGAAUGCCCAGUUUCACUCGCACACACACACACACGUGCGUACGGUGUCAAGGAGCGGAAUCUCUGCUGUGCCUGAUCUUCACAAAUAAUUAAAUUUUUUUUGUGGGUUUUGUUGUUGGAUGUGGGACGUGGGUGAGAUUUUUUUUUUUCGCGCACCCCCCCGCCACCCCCCCCCCCCCGGCUUCACUGGACGUCUCAACAGGAGCCAGAGCAGAGAGGGGGAACUUCCUUGUUUUUAAUGGACAAGAACCAAGCGCGAUUCCUUUGGGGAGGGGGGAGGGGGAGGGGGGGGGGGCUGGUGUUAGGACAACGAGUAAACAAAUACAGAGAAGGGUACAGGUAAUUGAGUUGCAGUGCGUGUGCAUGUGUGUGUGUAUGUAUGUGUGUGUUGAGAGAGAGAGAGACAGAGAGAGAAAGAGAGAGAGAGAGAGAACAGAGGAAAAGUAUUAUUGCAAUUAUUGCAUCUCAUUAUCAGAUGGAUGUAGUUCUACUCGCCAUCUGGGACUAAGACAUCUAAUGACUUAAAAUGCCUUAUUAACAGAAAUCUAACUCUAAAUGUAUUCUGUCGUUCUCAGCAAAGAACAGAGCAUGCUGGGAUUGGUUUGAAAUCCAGGUGAUGUCCUGAUUUACAAUUCAAAUUACACUGUAUUCUUUCUCCAGAGUGUCCUAAAAUAUGCCCUUUUUGUGCAAGAUGUGUUCGUUUUACUCUAAUCUACUCUUUUAUAUCCUGGUUGUUCAGGGCAUCCGUUUUAUUUUCAGCUCUCCUUACAAUUUGAUAAUUGCCUAACGUAAGACCGAUUUACCUCUUGUCUGUGGUUAAUUCUUUUUAUUUUUUUAAGAAUAUAUCAUGUUUUAAAGGUAUAGGCUAAUUUGUAAAAGUAAGGUGUUUUAAAAGGACGUGAUCCCCUUGACAACAUUUUGUUACUAAAACCUUUUUUUAAUAUGUUGCAAGUGUCUGUAAUUUAAGCUUACUUUGCUACUGUUUGGGAUAUAGACUUCAUGUCUACAUCCUUUGGGUAAAUCCAGGUUCCGGAUGAAGUAAAUAAAAAUCAUGCUUAUUUAAAAAAUAGAACAAUUAAAGGCAGAACAUGCCCCAACAAACCUGAAAAAGAAUAAACAUCCAACUUCUGGAAGAUGAUCAAUGAAAUGUAUGGCUGGUCAUAUAGAUAAGUCAUCGUUUAGAAAAACAUUUUUGGGCUUGUUUUGUUCAAAUAAUCAAAUAUUCAGCCGUGCUCAUCUUAAAAAAUGUUUUUUUUUGUUUGAAUACUGUGAAUAUUAAUGAAUCUUAAUUUCUCAAUUUUAACAGUUUUUAAACUGUUCUGCUCAUUGGUACCAAUGGGAUAAAAGAAUAAGCUAAUAAAUAUGAAUGUUUAGUAUUUUUUAAGUGGUGCUGAUGAAGUUUGAAAAUUGUCUCGAUCAUUGUAAAUAAAAUUCUAGUUUAUUUCUGAUGCUCAAAAUAAAGAAUCAUACGUCGCA